UCUGGUAAGAUACUUGUACUUUUACAAAGUUUACAAAUUAAGUAUCCCUUUUAUUCCCUUUUAUAUUUUUAUUCCACUUUAUACAGGACUGAACAAAAUAGAAAUCCAGAUCUUGGAUAAUAAAGCAUUCUCGCUGGGACCUUCCCACAUGUCGGCGUCUGCUAUAAUCUUCAGUUGAGUUAGAGGUGGAGUUGUUUCCUUAUGCUUUAUACGGUUUUUCUGUUCUGAUUUUUCCUGUAGAUGUUAUCAAUGAUUAUAACAAUUUACGGCAGAGCUGGGGUCCCUUUUCCGUCAUAGUAAAACUAAGAGAAGUCCACUUGUUGCCCAUGAGGUCACUGUGUUGACAGAUUGUAAAUGGCGUGGGCGGGCCAGACGUCUAUCCCCGCCUUUUUAUGGGCUGCAGUCAGGAAUGCAUGUUGCAGCCAGCCCAGUGUCAAACAACACAUCCAGCAUAACAGGAAGUGACUGUGACUGUAUCAACUUUUGAUUGUUCAGGAAAUCCAAGAUAUCCAAGGAACUGCAGUGAAGGGAAACCCUGUGGGACGAAGCUACGUCCAGCUGUUUGGACAUCUGGAGUCACCAAGUCAGUGAGAAUGAGCGAGGAGGCCAGUGGAGGGUGCCCCAUCUAUGAAGAGCUCACCCAGAAGGACGAGGAGGAAAACACGUCUGACGAUGACGAGUCCAGAGUGUGUGGUGUGUGUGGAGACCAGGCCAGAGGUUACCACUUCAAUGCCCUGACAUGUGAAGGCUGUAAGGGAUUUUUCAGACGUGCCAUACAGAGGUCAAUGCAGCUCCACUGUCCAUUCAUGAAUAAUUGCGCUAUAACCAAAAACAACCGCAGGUCAUGUCAAGCCUGUCGCUUCAAUAAAUGCCAGUCCAUAGGCAUGCGCAGAGACAUGGUCAUGUCUGAGAGGGAUGUACUCAAGAGGAGGAUGCGAAUCAAGAAGAAAAAGAUGUUUGAUGUCCCAAAACAGCUUUCUUCCCAGCAGGAGGAAACCAUUCAGGAGCUUCUCUGUGGCCACCACAGCACAUUUGACUCAGAAUUUUCACGCUUCAGUGGCUUUAGGCCUAUGGACAGAAUCAUCCUCUCUGUGAGCGAGUACAACCAGCCUACAAGCAAGCCCUUUCAGCCACUGACCAACUGCUCCACAGGCACCUGCACUGAAUCGAGUAAAUCUGCCACAGACCCCAGAACAUCCUCACAUGCCAACUCCUCCUCCUCGUCCUCUGGUCUCUGUGGCUCCUCUGAAGGAGAAAAGGUUGGAAAAAGCAGCGUUUUUACUGCUCUUCCACACAUGGCUGACCUGACCACCUACAUGAUCCAGGACAUCAUUUGUUUCUCCAAAAGUCUUCCGGACUUCCGGUCUUUAACCAUAGAGGAUCAAAUUGCUCUGCUCAAAGGAGCCGCAUUCGAAAUCAUGCAGAUCCGCUUCAACAUGGUGUUCAAUGCAAAAACAAACAUCUGGGAGUGUGGUCAGAUUCCAUACUGCAUAGAUGACGGUGUACGAGCGGGUUUCCAGCCACUUCUACUAGAGCCUCUGUUCAGAUUUCAUCAUACACUGCGCAGACUGGGGCUGCAGGAAGAAGAGUAUGUUCUCAUGCAAGCCAUGUCCCUGUUUUCUGCAGAUCGUCCAGGUGUGCAGCAGCACAGCGUGAUCGAUAAGCUUCAUGAAAACGUGGCACUGACACUAAAAACCUGGAUUGACUGCAAGAGAACAGGCCCAGAAAAACACUUGCUGUUUCCAAAGGUGGUGGCCUGUCUUACGGAGAUGAGAACAAUGACAGAGGAGUACUGCAAACAGGUUUUGCAGAUCCAGGACAUCCAGCCUGACGAUAUCUCUCCUCUCAUACUGGAGGUGGUCAGUAAAGACUCCUGUAAUGACUUCUGAUACAGCUCAAGCACUCUUGGCUCCUCCUCGCCUAUUCAACAAGGACGUCAAAUUAAAAGAUAUACAGUAUUCUAUUGUACAGAUGAGGCAGAAAUACCAGAAAUGUACUUGAGUGAAGUCCCGUUGAAAUACAAAGCAUCCUGUCCUCUGCAAACUGCUCACAAGCUGAGGAAACCGAGUUUUAGAGUUGAUUUUUUUUUAGCUGUUGUGCAAGGCCGACUUUGUCAUCGCUGCUGUUUGUUUAGCUCACACAUAUUACUGAAUGUUGACUUAAAGUUUUGACAUGUUUAUUUCUGAAUGUUGCACAGAACGGCCUGGGAGCUGGAAGUGUGUAUUUUCUCACAUAACGGAAGAAGUAGAAGCAGUUGCUAAGACAAUGUUUUUUUUGUUAGUUUUUUACAUUUGUUAUGUCUGGUUGUUGUUUGGUUUUCAAUCAUGUGAAACAAAACUGCUUCAAUAAAAACUGAUACAACUGAGUGGCUCCUCAGACUGUGGUGAAGGGUCACUUUCGGCAGAGCAAACAGCAAACAGUACCUUGUGGUGGUUGUAAAACUGACUGAUGCCACAGCAAACAUGGUGUUUAACCCUUUAAAAAAUUUGAAGUGCUGUUAAAAAAGAACUACUUUUUAUAAAGGAGAAAUCAAUAAACAUCAUUCCAAGACAAGCUACAGUGAACAAAUUCUGUUAGGAUGCGAACAUUUGAAGGUAUUUUCUGUCAAAAACAUGUAGCAACAUGUUUUAU